GCCGCCGCGCCGAGGUAUACUCAUAUGUGGCCGUAGCGGCGCGCGUACAACACGUAUCUCGUCCCGUCUCUCUCUCUCUCUCUCUCUCUUCGCGCCCUUUCGCAACAAACUCUCUCGCAGUCAGUGCAGUGCAUCUGGAGCCUCUCGCCAGUACUAUCCGCGAGCUGGUAGCCCGCGAGUGCAGUGCGCCUGUACGUCUUCUGUGAGGAGUCUGGAUCGCGAGGAUUCAACAGCCGCAGAAGUGGCGUCGAGCAUGCAGCGUCUCCACUGAUCGAGCUGGGCGGCGACGCUCGCUCGCUCGCGCGCUCUAACGCACUUUUUUUCUAAAAAAACAAGGAGUCGUAAGUCGUUCCCUGCGCAGCGAGCUGGAGCUAGUGAAGAGGCAUCAGUCUACGCGAGUGUCCUAGAUGCGCCGCGGUACCUUGCGCGCUUCGCGGAGAAGAUCGUAGGAUAGCGAGCGCGACAUGUCGCCGUUGGCCUUGCCGACGACGACGUCGUUGCCAGCAGUGGCGCCGCGAGGACUGCAACUCCAGAGCAGGCGCCGUCGUAUAACCUAAAAGCCGAGUCCUGAGCCGCGGCUCGGGGAUCGCCAUAGUUAGUGCAUAGUGUGUCCGUGUGCUUCUACCUCGGGCGUUCAGUGCGUUGUAUAUAUCGCCCACCAAGUGCGGGCUAUAUACCUAUAUAUACAUAUACAGAAUAAGGAUAUAUAGAGAUACAGGCAUCGGAGAGCGAGACGGAAGCAAGCCGCGCUAGUGUUUCGCGCGGCGCACCGAAAGAGUGCGCGUCCUGUGUGUGCGUGCGUGUGUGUGCUAUUGCUGUGCGCGCUUCCGCGGUUUUCUCUCUCGCUUGCUCCGAGAGAGAUUCCUGGCUCCGUUUUUUCCGUGACUUCGAGUGCCUGUUGUUGUCGAGGAUCGAACGGCUGACCCCCCCGGAUCACCCCCACAACUCGCGCACGACAGAUCGAGGAGUCCAGCAGCAGCAGCAGCAGCUCGAAGAUAAGAAGUAGGAACAGCAGCAAGCUGUGUGAAGAGUCGCCAAGCCGCCUAGCGUAGUACUCGCUCCAUCCUCGUCUUUCUCUCUAUCUUUUUCUCUCUCUCUCUCUCCGCCAGUGUGUGUGUGCAGCAGAGCAAAGUGGCGGUGGCGGUGGCGGCGGCGGCGGCGGCGGAGAGUAAAAAUGGCGUCCGAUAACGAAGCCUCCUGCGUGACUGACCCAAAUUUCGCGGUGAUCUGCUCGUUCCUCGAGUGCUUCGGCAAGAGCUGCGGCCUCGAGUACCCGGACAUCGCCCGGCUCCAGGAGAUGCUCGAGAACGCCCAGGAAGUAUCAAGAGAACUAGUAGACCUACACAUCAAACUUCUGCGCAAAGCGAGAAAAAGUGUCAAUCCUGAAAAAUGGGAGAAGGCACUUGUCAAAUUUUGCCACACAUACUCCAAUCAGGAUGGUUGGGAACUCGAGAGAAUAGGGUACAAAAAAGCUCGAAUAGCUGUCAAACUGCGUCUUCUCAAGGCCCUCUUGGAAGCACAGUUUGAUAUGAAUCAAAAGUUUAAAAAUGAAGUAAACAAACUAACAGCCAGUGAAUUGCGAUUAGAACCAUUAGGUCGUGAUAAGUCUGGACUGGCAUACUGGUGCCAGGUUGACGAAGAAUGCAACAUUCGAGUCUAUCGUGAAGACUUGGAUGAAGAAAACUGGGAAUUGAUUGCUAAAAGCCGAGAUGAGGUUGUUUCUUUGAUAAACACCUUAACAGAUGGUGAAAUUGGUGCUAUACCUAUAAGUGAAGACAGUAACAGUCUCGAGACGUCGGAAAAGCCCACAAUUGACACGGGUCAGGAGGACGCUCCCGCGGCCGUGAAUGGUCAGGCAUCAGAAUCUGAAAAACUCGAAAAAGUUGAAAAGGAGGCUGUUAAGAAGGACAUAGUCAAUGAAAAACUUGACAAACAGAAUAAUGUAGAUCAGGAGGAAGGUGAUGAGGAUGACGAGGAGGAAGACGAAGAAGACGACGAAGAGGAUGAGGAAGAUGAAGAAGACGAAGAGGAGGAUGAAGAAGACGAAGAAGAAGAAGAAGAGGAAGAAGAAGAAGAAGAAGAAGAAGAAAGUGAAGAAGACUCUGUCAAAGGAGAAAAUGGUAAAGAGUCUCAAGACAGCAAGAAGCAAGCAGUGGAAGAGCUAUCGGAAAAGUCGAAAACGAAAAUAGAGCCUUCAAGUAUCCCAGUGACGAUAGAGAAAAUCGUAAAGCCUCCUCCUGCAGUUGUCGGGGCUGCACCUAAAAAGGAAGAAUCCGAUGCGCCAGAACAGAAACAGCACCUCAGCAACAUGAAGAACGGCGUAACGAUAGACAGCAUUGCCGGUGGUAGCGUCAAGUCCAUUGAAACGCCCGUCAUCACAACCUCGCCCCUUAAACUCGUCAACAUCGCUGACCUCAAACAGUCGCCCGAGAAAAAACUCGAAGCUCCUGGCAAAGUGUCGGUGAUAAACAGUCUGCCUUACGGUACGACGAUAGAGACUGCCAGCACGGGUCACAACAAGCUGCCCAUCAAGCCAAUCGACCAGCUAGCUGCAAACCUCGUGCGUAUGCAGACUGAAAAGUUGGAGAAGCCGAGCGGCAAACUUGACAAGAUUGCAGAGAAUCUGGCCAAGAGUCAAGUCGGCGCACUUGGUAUUCUAUCUAAUGGAGAGGAAGAUGUGAGGCUGCAACCGAGGAGCCAUAGAGGAAUGGACCUGUCGACGUCGCCACGAGGCUGGGAGAACGCGCCCAGUGACCUAAGCGGUGGAGGAGGCAGUGCCAGGCCUGUGGACUUCUCUGGCAUGGAUCUGACUAAUAGAAAAGUAUCCAAGGAAUUGCCUUCUCCAGCUGGUUACAGACCCCAGGAUUUUAGUCAACAACAGCACAGGGAAAUGGACCUGAGCACGAGAAAGACGCCGAACAAAGUGCAUCCCAAUAUUACCGCAUACGAUCCUACGUAUGAAGCGUGUGCAGCAAUGAUGCGCAACCAUGCAAUGGUCGCAGACUUAAGUAAGCGACAGAUGCCCUACACCACAUAUGACAUGCCGCCUAGCACAACUGGGGCUUACCAUCCAUCAAGGCAUCUGAAAGACCCGAUAGAUCCACAAGCGCAGCAGCGGCUGCCUGGUUAUGCGAUGCUUCCCGAUCCCAGCAAAUUGGCAGCGAUGCGCAUGGCCGGAGCUCCGAUGAAACGUGGCCUUGAAUCCGAAAUGAUGGCAGUUGAUCCUAUGCUCGCCAAGCGAAUGCGUACUGAAGUCCUUCCUAUUCGCAGUAACAUGGAUCCAAGUCAACUGGCUUCCCAUCAGCGACAGAGGCAUGAUUGGAGAGACGAAGUUAGCGAGGCCAUUGAGGAACCUGUAAUGAUGGUGCACGGUGAAGGUUCUGGUAGUGAUUGCGAUGCAGUUAAUCCGAUCUGUGGUGAAGCUAUUGAGGAGCCUGUGAUCUUUUUCUACGGCGAAGGCUCGGGUGCCGAAUGUGAUACGGGUAACCCAUCUGACGAAACAUCUAGCAACGCCGAGAACAAGACAGCUGGAGAGACUGUUAGCAAGGAAGGAACUAGUGAAACUGGAGAGCUUAAAACGAGCCCUAACAAGCCCAAAUUCAAGUUAGGAGUGCAAGUGUUUGCGCAGCCCGCCAUUAGUCCCACGAAACGGUCCUCGAGGUGGGACGUCGGUGGACCCGGCGGCGGUGAUAAGACAGAUAUAUCAGCAGUAGCGAAACCGGCCGACGAAACAUCACCACCCAAGUUCUUUUUUGGGCCGAACUGCGUAUCUUACGGCGCUAUUCGGGCCAAGGAAGCGGGCGUCGCACUCCAACAACAACUAGCAACGACCAGCAAUGAGCAGAAGGACGAGGACAAUAACGGAGUAUCGACAACCGAGGAGAGCGAGGAGAAGACAACCGAAGAAAUACGCGAAAAAAUGGUUCCUAUAUCCGUUGGCGAUGGAGAAAGCAGUAGUGCAGAAGAAGACAAGAGUUCGAAGAACUGCGAGAGUGCUGAGAUAAAAUUGGAAGAAAAAUGUGAUGUGAGCGUCGAGCAGAUCGAACAAGUUGAGUCAGUAGAAGCGAGUUCAUCUGAAGUGUCAACGUCGAUGACGCCGGGUACAGAAGAGCUUGAUAAAACUGAUGAAGCAAAUGAUGAAUCAAAGAUGGAAGUGGAAACAUCACAACCGACUGAAGAACAAAUUAGCGCGACGAACUCCGACACAAAAGACGAAGCCUUAUUAGAUAUACAAAAUGCUGACGGAACUGUAGAAAACGUAGAAUCGUCGUCGAACAUCAAUAAGCCUACUCUUGAAGCUAAAGAGGAAUUUAGAGAAGAUAAAGAACCAGAGAGGCUUUUAAAUGAUUUAGAAGAAACGCCGUCUUCGAGCGUUGAUGAAGAUCUCAAAAUAUGCGAAGAAUCAAAGAAAGAUCAAGAAGCUAUGUUAGAAAUGGAUGAAGAAACCGGCGAAUUCCAAGGAGUUUUUCCUGAUCAGUCAAAAUGCUCAGAGGACCAGCAAAAUACUGAAUCUAAAGAAGCAACGCCAAGGUCAGCGGAAGAAAAAGUCGAAUCGUCAAACGCUGUUGACAACGCGAAACCUAUCACUGGAGAAGCUAUCUUUGAAUCGCAAAAAGCCGAUGACGAUAUCGAUCAACUGGUAGCAGAGUUGAAGGAAACUACUCCCGAUGAAGCUAUUGCAAACCCAGAGCAAAGUAAUAACGAACCUACCGGUGACUUUGAAGACGAAUUGGGAAAAACUUUGGCAGCUCUCGACCAAUUUGAUGAUAAUAAUCCUACUGAAGAACCGAAAGAAUCCGUGUCUUCCAGUGAACCACAAGUGACAGAAGAACUUACAGCUAAUGUUGAAGACAGCGAAAUCAAAGAUCAAGUAGACUUGGAAGCAACGUUAGCUAAUAUGGGAGAAGGUGCCGAUAAACCCUCUAGUGAUUUGAUCGAUGAACUCAGUGAUAACCCGUCAAAAGUUGAAAGCAGCACAAGUAGUACUAAACCCCAAGCGAUUGGCGGUGACAAUGAUGACAGCAACAUGUUCGACGAAGACGUUUUUGAAACUAAGGAGCAAACAGACUCCAUAACGACUCUUCUGUCAAGCUUAGAAAAGGACGACGUUGAACAGGAAAAAGAGGUCGCACAGGAGUCGAAUAUUUCGAGCACUCUGGAAGACGAAAAAACACAGAAAAGCAAAGAUGCUACUAUUUCGCAAACACCUGAUCAUCUGAGUACCUUGCAGACCAGUGAAGAGGCAGAAACGGAGCAAAUAAUGGAGGAAAGCUCUAGUCUAGCCGAACCCGAUCAAACCACUAAUCUUGAAAAAAGAGAAACUGCAGAAAUUGUGGAAACAAUGGAGCAGAGUUUUGAAGAAUCUUCGAAAUUGGAAGAACCGAGUGUUUCGACGACUUCGAAGGACGCUGAUGUUUCAUUGGAAGCGAGUUCUUCAACUACGACUGUUAAAGAUGCAGACAUCGAAUUAGAAGAUACGAUAAAAAUGGAAGAAACCUUUUCGCUUGAAAAUACAUCCGGGCUGCAAGAAUCCACGAGGUUCUCCAUGUCUGAGAAAUUUGACGAGUCUGAAACCGAGAUAAAGAUUGAAGAAAAACUCACCUCCACAGUACAACCUGAUGAAAAAAGCGUUGAACUUGAAGUGUCCAGUCUCGUUUCAAGUGAAACAGAAAAAAUAUACGAAACUCCAGAUGUCACGUCGUCCUCGGAUAUGCUGAAAGAGCCUCCUGCGCCAGAAAGUUUAGAGAUCGAAUUGAGUAAUGCCGAGACCGAAAGUAUGGACGAUAAGAAAGUCGAUAAUGAUAUUUUUGAAGUGUCCAGUAUGAUCGCGGAGUGUGCCAGUGUACGCGAAGCUGAUGAACUAUCGGCUGUAGAUUCGAAUGACGGCAUGGAUAAAGAAGACGAGCCCCCAACGCCUUCUGAUGUGUCAAUGGAGGAAAAGGUAGCUUGCGAAGACGAUAAUAUGGAACAGCUUCAAGAAGAAGAACCUAAGGAAAUUGCACAAAAAGUUGAUUUAACUUCAAAAAAAUUAGAUGUUAUGAUAGAAGAAAAUUCUUUGGAAGCGGGCGAGCCUUCUGAUGAGAAGCAAGAGAAAGAGUCAGGAAAAAAGGAAGAGGAGAAGCUUUCUGAAGAAGUCGAGGAAAAGCUUACUGUUUCUGAAACAAAAAAUAAAGAGCCUGAUUCUCAAGCAGAGUUAACAAUUCCAGAAGGAUCAAAAACAGAUGCUGAAAAAGAGCUAACAGUAACUUGCAAAGAGAUUAUUGAGAAAGAAAAGCCUGUUAAAGAAGAUUCUGAGAAAGGCGUCGUUCCUGAGAAAAGAAAAGAGCCUGAUAGUGAAAGUGAUAAUGUAGCUGAAUCGGGAUACAAAUCUUUGGUCGCCAACUAUGAUAGUGAGCCAAGUGAUGCAGAAAACGCCGAUGUCUUUGAUAGUGAAAAUGUUGAAAUUCCAGAUUCAGCUAAAUUAAAGCCUAAGGAUAAUGUGGACACUGAAGAGAAGCUAGUUGACACCGAGAAAAUUGAAGAAAAAAAAGUUUCUACAGUACCUGAGAUCGAAAAGGAUGAGGCGAUUGACUUGGCCACUGAAUUAGAAGAGACUGCUGACACUCUGUCUGAAAAGAAUAAUAAAAAGAAAGAUGAAGAUUCUUCUGCUGCUCUAGUUGAGAAGAAAAUCUUGGAAGAAGAUAACAUAAAAGAUCUGGAAGAAGUUGACAAAGCUUCUCCUGAAACGUUUUUGGCUAAAAAUGAAGAACAGAUAGACGCAAAUUUAAUUGAAAAGGCGCAAUCUGCUAGUGUAUCAGAAACAAAAUCUGAAAAGGAAGAUAAUGAAAAAGCAAUACUGGUAAAUGCAGUCGAUCAAGAAUCAAACCUUGUCAAUCAUGAGAAAAAAGAAGAUUUGCCAAGUAAAAUAGUGAAUAGUUCAUCAUUUUGUGAAGAUGAAAACCUUGAAUCUUCUGACGCAUUAUCUGAAGACAUACAAAUGAAAUCCUCGCAACAAAACGAAGAACACAGCAGUGAUAAAACUUCUUUCUUCGAAGAUAAGUUCAAUGCCAAAUUCAACGAAGAAACUCCAAUUUUACAGGUAUCGAAGAAACGUCGAGAUGAAGCCAAUGAUCUCAUAGCUAGCAACUCUUUGUAUGAAAAGCCUCAAAAAUCUGAAAUCAUAUCUAAAAAUACGAUAGUGUCCGCUUACCAAAUGGAAAUGCCCAACAACUCUAUGAUACUAGAAAAUAAAUUUGAAAAUUACAAUUCCAAAUACAUGGAGACAAAUGAGAUGACAGAAGAUUUGUUUACAAAAAAUAUUACAAAUGAAGAGAAAUUUUCUGUUAGUUCAUCGGUUUACAGUGAAAAAAACUGUAAAGACGAUAACACGGAGCUUGAAAAUGAGUUCAAAAAAGAAAAUAUCAAAAAGAGAUUAUCCUCGCCAGAUCUUGAAGAUCUUCCACCUGCUAAAUGCAAACCCAGUGAAAGCAGUGAUCCUAUGCUAGAAACAACUCCAGAGACUUCCACAGAAGCACCAAUGCAGACUGACGUUCCGUUAGAAGAAAAACUAAAAGAAAGUAAUGAAAUUCACAAGGACGAACAAGCUAAAAACGUUGAAUUGGAUCAGCCAAAGUCGCACGAAGAAGUAAAGGAUAAAAUCGAGCCAGAACCGAGUGCAAUAGUUUUAACCAAGGAGCAAAUACUUGAAACUGAAUCAGUUCAUACAGAGAAAUCGGACGACCUCAGCGAGGAUAUUAGUGACGAGUGUUCCUUAGACAGGCCAAUUGAAAAUGUUCAAUCAAUAGUAUCUGUUGAAGAUACCACAAACACUAGUGAGUUGAUUCAAGAAAAACCCAAGGUUGAGCCACCAAUGCUAGAUUCAAGCUUUGAACAAAAUCAGCCAAUUCAACCACCAAUUGCAGAAUCAGAACCAAUUGUUGAAUCAAAAUCAUCCGUAGACGAAUUUAUCUAUGAUCCAGCGCCUGCUGUGAAAGAAAAAUUGCUUAUUAAAUCAAUUGAAGAGCCAAUGCAAGUUGUAGAAGAAAAACCACCUGUAAUUGAACCGAUCGAAGAAGCAGUACCGGCUGUUGAUGAAGAAUUACCUACAGCUGAAACUAUUGAAGAACCCAUGUCAGUUGUAAAAGAAAAAGUACCUGCAGCUGAGCCAGUUGAAGAUCUUACAUCAGCAGGGGAUGAAAAACUACCUGUAACUGAACCAAUCGAAGAACUAAUGCCAGCUGCAGAAGAAAAACUUCCUGUAUCUGAAUCUAUUGGAGAACCAAAGUCAAGCUCUGUAGAAGUCCUGCCUGAAACUUCUGUUGAGGAACUCAAAACAUUGGAAAGUUCACCUGUGAAAUCUUCACUUCGAGAUUCCAAGGACAUGGAGCGUGAGUCAGAAAGAACAGAAAUGCAGAUCGAGAAUGCGGGCGCAUCUGCAAUUAUUCAACUAACGCCACUAGUUGCUCCUCAAGAAGAAGCCAUGCAGUUAACUGCUUUUCCAGUUGAAAAGCCUGUAGAACAAGCAAUUCAGCUAACCACAGCUUCAGCUGAAAAGCCUACAGAACAAGCAAUUCAGCCAACCCUAGCUUUAACUGAAAAGCCUGCAGAACCAGCAAUCCGGCUAACCACAGCUUCAGUUGAAAAGCCUGCAGAACAAGCGAUGCAACUAACCACCUCUCUUGCUGAAAAUUCUGCAGAACAAACACGACCCGAAGGAGUGAUGCAAAUUACAACGAAACUUCCAUUUGAAAAACCAGCAGAAGCAGAGAAAGCCCAGGAGCAAAUGCAGGUUAUCGAACCUUCUGUAGAAAAACCAGCUGAACCUGCAGCUUCCCAAGAAGGACCCAUCAUUCAGGAAACGGAAAAUCUGCAGCAGACUGUUUCUCCUGUAGUGCCACCAGGCAUUCUCGAACAGAAAGUCGACGAAGAUCACUCAGACGAUUCGAUGGGCUGCGACAAUGACGAGAGUAUGUUCGAUGCACCACCAGCCGACGAUGUUGACCCUCUCGCGGACUCAGAAGAAGAUGAAAAGGCCAACGACUUAUCUAUCAAUGUGGGUAGUAUUCGUGUGAAGACUGUCUCGGAGCUUGUGGGUGCCGAAGGUGGAUGGAAGCUCGAUUCCACCAUGGACCCUCCAGAUGUACCGCAAGAUGCAGCUGGAGCAGAAAGCAGAGUGACCCGACAGUCGCGCAAGAGACGCAACAGCGCUCAAGAUUCAAAUUCCGAGGAUGUAUCGAGUCUUACAAGAAUGCAGACCGACGAAGAUGACAACGCCGGAGGUAAAAGAAUGAAGCUCCGGGGCAAGAGACAACCCGACGUGGAAUUGAGGAAAAGUGUCGAGAAAAGUAGAAAAAUCAGUGCUAGCUCGGAGGAUGACAACAGGCAGAUACCGGCAAUUGUUGCUUUGGAUGAAGGAUCGCAAGAAGAGGAAGAUGAAGAGAGAGAAAAAAAAGAAGGCGAAGCUGAUCAGGCACAAGAAAAGGCUGCAGCAGAAGCAGUAGCAGCAGCAGCAGCAGCAGCUAGGAAUAUCCGAGGGAGGCCAAGAGGUCGCAAAAGAAAAGGUCGCAGAGGUAAAGCAGCUGUCAAAAAGAAUGUUGCAAAGACCGUCGGCGGAGCAGAUAUCGCUGACGAAUCUGCCGAACGUACGGAUGCUACCACCGACGAACCGCAUUCGAAGUCUGAAAAGCUCGAGCCUGCUGGGGACGGAACUCAACCGAAAGAACCCACUGGAGAAGCAACUGAAUCAAAAAAGAAACAGCGAAAGAAGCGCAACAUGCUUUUAGGUCUGGAGAUUCCAGCCGAUGUCCCGCUUAGCAAUGACAACGAGCCACCUGUUAGGGCAUCUCGCCGCAUUGCUCAACUACGCAUUAUGAAAGAAGCGGAAAAAAGUCGGGAGGACGAAGCUCAGGACGAUAAAAAGCAUAAAAAGGAUAAGAGUGGCAAACAUGAUAAACAUGCCGAUGGAUCUGAAAAAAAGAAGCGAAAGAAGAAGAACGAUGAGAGCGAAGAAGACGCCGCUAUGAUGAAAGAUCUUGAAAAAGAGGACUCCAAAAUGAAAAAACGCAAAAGGCGCAAGAAGAAGAAGCUUGGUGCAAAAUUCAACGAAGCUAAUCCUUGGCAGAGUUCAUCCGGUUCCUCAAGCACUGACGAAAACGAGCACGAAGAAGAGGAAGAAGAAAUCGAAAGCGACGGUGACCAGCUUGUUUUCAAAAGCGACCACGAGUUCUCUCCGGAGAGUGACUUAGAAAAAGAUGACCAAGAAUCCGAACCGAUGCGUCGUGCCAGAACAGCUCAAAAAUCGAAAAGCGAUGAUGAGGAAGCUGAUGCUGUAGAUGAAUAUGCCUGCCAGAAGUGCAGUAAAGCUGAUCAUCCUGAGUGGAUUUUACUCUGCGAUGAAUGCGACAAGGGUUGGCAUUGUUCUUGUCUCCGGCCUGCUCUUAUGCUUAUUCCCGAAGGUGACUGGUACUGUCCACCGUGCCAGCACAAUAGUUUGGUUAGCAAACUUCAGGAGAGUUUAAAGACACUUGAUGCAUUAACGAAGAAACACGAGAACGAAGUGUUGAGGAAGAAGAGAUUGGCCUACGUUGGGAUUAGUUUAGAUAAUGUGUUACAAAAGGGAGAAGGUGAAAGGACUCACAGAGAUAGAAGUUCUAGGGCUUCGAGUCAAGAUGACGAUGAUGGCGAAUCGAGCGCUGAAGGCUCAACUUCAGAGUCUGGAAGCUCGGAUGAAAGUAGCAGCGAUGAGAGCGAGCCUGUUUAUCAACUAAGGGAAAGGCGUCCUGCCAACACUUACAAAUUUAACGAAUAUGAUGAUAUGAUCAAUGCUGCUAUUAAAGAUGAAGUUGAUGCCGUAAGGGGUGCCGGUAAUCAAGGUCGCGGUAAAGACAUCACCACGAUUGUGAACGCAGAGAAAGAAGAAAAGGCCCAGACCGAAGCUCUCAAACAUCUCAAAGAGGACGACGAAGAGGUUGAAGAACAAAAGUCUGAAAAAGAAAGUGAUGAGGACUACAAAGUCGAAAAAGACGAGGAUAAAGAGGCCGAAGAUGAGGAAGAAGAUGAUGGCCGAGCUGCAAAAGCUGCAAUGCGACAGAAAUUGUCAGUCCGCAAGAAACACCGCAAGCUUAACAGUCUUGAUAUCAGCAGUGAAGACGAUCCUUACAGUGACGAAGACUUCAAGGGAACUAGCUCCGAAGAUGAAGAAGAUCUAGAUGAACAAAUCAGCUCGUCUGAAGACAGCGAUUUAGGUGGAAGAAGACGGGGCAGGGGAGGUGGUUCAAGGCCUACAAGACGUUCUACUAGAGCUAGAAUGACACGCUAUGACGAAGACUUCAUUGACGAUGACAGUGACGAUAGUGACAGACCAAAGAAAAAGAAAUCCAGAGCUAGUUGGAGAGAUGAUGAAGAGUCGGAAAGUGAGGAGGAAAGCGAUAAUUCAUGGAAAAGCACGAAGAAAAGUCGUAGAAAAACAUCGUCUUCCAGGCGACCCGCAGCAAAACCGAAACCUAGUAAAAAGAAAAAGAAGAGAAAACGUAUAAUCGCUAACGAAAGCGACAAUGAUGAUGAAGAGGAGCAGCUACGGUUUGACGAUGUUCCUCAGGAAACGAUUAUCCAUCAAGAGGAAGCACCGCAACCACCCGUACCAACGCUUCAAACUGCUCCACAACCCAUACCGGGGCUUAUUGCUCCAAUUCAAGAUCCUAAUCCGAUCACAGAAUCUGUAAUUCCUCAAGACGCUGAGAUGCCAAUAGACGAAUCUACGCCAAUGGAGCAAGAGAUCAGACCACAGGAGGCAGUUCAAGUGUCACAACCUGUUAUAGCCGAAACUCUAGCCGCGUACGUUCCCCCACCAAUAGAGGAAGAUGAGUCGAAAAAGAAAAAGAAGGAGCCUAAGCAAAAGAAAAUCCGACGAAAAGUCAUAUACGGCAAGAUUCGGGAUGAGAAUGAAAUAGCUCAAGAAGAAAUGACCAUGGGAAGACGCACACGUGGUCGGAAAAUAAGUUAUCUUGACGCCAUGCCGUCUGACAGUGAUGAGGAGUUAAAGAAGGCUCUAAGGAAAACCGAAGAGACCGAAGAAGAAUUCGUAGUUCAUGAUAACGACAAUAUGGAUGAUGACGCUGAAAAGGAUUCUGAUUCGGGCGAUGUCUACUCACCUAAGCAACAAUCCUUACGAGCGAAGAACAAGUCGCCAAAAAUGCGUGGUCGAGGCAAAAAAAGUCCCGGCGCCAAGAGAAAAUCUGUGUCAGAUGAAGGCACGCCUAAACAACGGAAAAAGCCGGGGCCGAAGCCAGGCAGUAAGAACAAGCCGCGCUUGAAUAGGUCUGGAGAUGAUCUGGGCAUUGAUCCAAGCAUCAUCAAUGAUGCCGAUAUGCUGGGUAUGCAGGUGGACGAUCCCGUACAGGGUAUGGCUGGUGCUGUUACCGGUGAGGGCUCGUUAGCAAGUUUGGGACCAUCCGAGCUCGAAGGUCUGGACGAAGACCAAUUCGAUCAAAUGAUGUUAGAAGAUGAGGAGUACGGCAGGCGGCAACUCGAGCUCGCUGCCAUAGAGAUCGCUAAGAAAAAGAAGAAAGAAGAACGCGAAGCAAAGAAACUUGAGAAAGCUCGUCAAAAGGCGUUAGAAAUUCUUGCAGCGGAGCGUCAGGAAAGCAUGAACAUGGAGGGCACGGAUGGCGAAAUACCGAAAAAGAAAAAACGCGGCAGGCGCAGUAAAGCCGAAAUACUGGCGGAGCAGAUGCGCAGGGAUGCAUCGGGUGUACCGCCAGAAUUGUUGCCAGCAACUUUAGCCGGUGGACCAGUGCAACCACCGAUUCCUAACACGGAUGUAGUGGCAGCUGCCGUGCCGAGUAUACCCGGCGUACCGAUCCUAGAACCAGGUUGUGAUCCUACAAGAAUGAUGGACCCUAACAAUCCAAUGAUGCCCAUGAUGACGCCGCAGGUAUGCGACUAUGAGAUGAUGGAUGGUCAACCUCUCUUCAAUCCUGACGGUAGCCCUAUGAAACCAAAGCGCCGAGGCCGUGGCAAGGGCAAGAAAACCUUAGCAAUGGAAGCGGCUCGUGCAGCCGAGGCAGCAGCUAAAGCUGCCGCAGAUGCCGGUAUUCUAGGUAUGCCUGGCGACUCAAACCCCGAACUCGCAAAACUCGAAGAGAUGCAGGCCAAUGUACUGCCGACCCCAGGGAGUAGUACAUCAGGCUCAGCGCCAUCGACGCCACCUGCAAGCGUCACUAGCCAAGGUGGGCCUCCCUCAAGUCAACCGACGAACCCACAAGCGGUAUAUCCGUCGCUGCCACCUCAAGCACAGCAGCAGUCUUCCGUCAUUACGAGGAUGCUACAAUCACAACCCGUAGUGGCCAGUAGUCCACAGUCGUUUACAGCUGCGGCUGCUGCAAUGGGGCACAAGUAUUUUGGCGGGCCCAAUACUCCUGGACAGAUGAUGGCUGGGCCUAGACCUGGUUACGACAUGCAAAACAGAGGCCGGAUACCUUCGCCCUAUAGGCAACCAGGUCAGCAAGGGAUACCUCCUCAUUUUGCAGCUGUUCGCUCUGGCACGCCGCCAGGAAUGCGUCUGCGAGUUCCCGGGCCUCAAAUGUACCAUACUCCACAUCACCCAAUGGACCCCUCGCCCUCGGGAGGUGGUCCUAUCUCCAUUAACAGUCGAGACCGCAGCUCGCCUCUUGGUCCUGGUCCACCUGGACCACCAAUGAUACCACCGUCGGCGGGUAGUCCUCUAGCAAAAGGUGGACCCACGCCACCACCACCUUACGUUCGCGGUGUAACGCGCUAUGGCGAUGCAGGACAGAUGGCUCCACGACACCCGCUGCCGCCCUUCACCAACGCUUCUCCCGUUGUCGUGAAUCACAGUAUGCAGCAACCUUCGCCACCGGCGCAGCGUGGAGCUCCGGCUGGUAACUUCUCGCCGUACCAUCCGCCCCCGCCGCCCACUUAUCAUUACGGCGCCUAUCCACCUCCGCCGCCCAUGUCGACAGCCGACGACGCAGCGGCUUACCAAAGCUCACCUUACUCUACUUCGGCCGAACAGCAUUUCUCGUCUCCAGGACCCGAUAGCCAGUCCUCCUCAAUUCAGCGUCCACCAUCCUCUCAGCAACAGCCAACUCAGGCAACACCUCCAGCCCAAGUUCCUCCUCAGCCAGCACCGCCAGCGCAACAGCCUGGUCCAGCUGUAGCUGGACCUGCACCACACCCUCAUGCGCAUCCAGGACACCCUGCACACCCCGAGGGUCCACAUCCUCAUCCUCAGGGGCAUCCGGGACACCCUGGACAUCCUGGCCAUCCGGGCGGCAAGUACGACGAAGAGGGCAGUGGUGAAUUUGGAGGUCUUGUCUCGUACUUCAGCAGCCAGCGCGAGGAUGAUCUCGAGUCGUAGCAUGAGUGAGGCCUUGGCCAACCGUGAGUGUACGAUAACAAUUACUCGCUAGGCGACUAGACGCGACAGUCGUCCGUCUAUCAGUACACACAAUUACGAUACAGUGAUAUCUUUGCCGAAGGGCCGUGAAAAACGAAGGUUUUCCUUUUCUGCUCUUUGGUGCUUUCUUGAUGAUCGAGUCUCGCUUUUCUGUGAUAUGCUAGCUGUUCAGCCAAUUUGGAUUUCGUGAGUUUAACCUUUAGGAAUGCUUCUCAUGAAAUCUUUUUCACGAUUCUUCCAUUCGUGUUUAGAAUUUUACAUGAUAGCUAUUGCAUUUUUACUGAUGAUAAUGAUAUGAAGUUACUGUUAUGAAUACUCAUGAUUAGAAAUUUUACUAUCAAUGAGAGUAUUCUUGGAAAAUUAAAGCACGGAAGUCAAAGGUAUACGGCAACCUGUUAAACUUGAAAUGGUAAUUCUGCAAAAGUCCCCUCGGUCAUUAAUGAAUGUAGUCGCAUUGAUCUUACACCCCUUCGGCAAACGAGAAAGAAGUUUAUACGAACCGGUUCUUAAAGCAGGUACACUUUUGUCUUAGCCUCAGUUCUGAUAUAGUUUUUAUAUAAUGCGCGUCAAUCACAGACUUUUGACGAAGCGUACGAAUCUUGUACUAAUGGCCGUCUUUUUACACGCGGUCAAAAGUUUUUUAUCUUGGGAAGGUACGCGCGACGCUUAGUGAGAAAGAGAAAAAAGUAAUGGGACGCAUUACGUGAAAUGUUGAAAGAUUAAACGAACUAUUCGGUGAAAAGUAACCGGUUGGCCAGGCACAGGCUACCAACUUCAGAAAAAAAUAUAGGGAGAAGAAUUUCUUCGAGGAAGUCGUGCUUAGAAUUACAGAAUAAUAAUUUGUUUUUACAAGAGCUGACAAGAGGAACCAUGAGUAAUAGACGAGAAUUAAGUUUACUGUCGUUCUCUGUUCCUUCAUCACGAAGUUUUUUGUUUUCUUUCUUUCAUUAUCUUGCUUAAUUAUAUGUAGAUGGAUAAAAGGUACAUUCUUUUUAUUGACAAAGAGUGAAAUCAUGAACGAAUGAGUGAGAAAGCGAGUGUGAAUGAGAGGGAGAAAAUGAAAAAGUUAAAUUAUAAAACAAGUUGCUUCCAAAGCCUUUGAAAAAUGAAAUUAUUAUAAAGAAAGAAAGGAGUUGCCUAGUAAAUCCUUUAAUAAUUAACGCGAUUUACUUUGUAAAGAAUAUGUAAUAUCAACCGUGCGUUAUAGCAAAAGAAGGAUGCGAGAUCGAAGAAAUUCUUCGUCGAGGCGCCGUUUGUUUUUUCCUUUUUUUUUAAGCGCUUGUAAAUAUGUAAAUACGAUGCAGUAAGUCCUCUAGAUUAUAUAUUAUGUAUAUGUAUUGUAUACAUGCAGUCAAGCAGGAUAAAAAAGGUAUUUGUUAAGGAAACAAAAAAUUUACCGUAUAAUAAUGCGUCAUAGUGCAACGGGCACAAAUGUAAUAUGUAAAAGGGAAAAAGUAAAAGUUAAAAAUGAUACGAGACUUUUAAAGAGGAUCGAGAUAUAACGAAAUGUAUCGUAAUGACGAUGGUGUUAAAUAACGACGAUGAUAAUUAUUAUUAUAAAUAUAACAAUUAUAAAUUAACAAAAAAUGGUGUGAAGACUACUACUAUACGAUAAUUAUUUAUAAAGAAACAAAAAGUGAAGAUUUCAGAAUUUAUAAUAGCCGAUAGUACAUUGUAUUUUACAAAUUUUACUUGGUAUAUUACACGAAAAGAAAAACGUAAACGACGUACGAGGAUGAUAAAAGUAAGAAAAAAAAAUUAACGAUUAAGGUUAUAAAACGUAUAUAUGAAACAGGAUCACAGAAAGUGAAAUAUAUAUGUAAAAGUAAAAUUUCGAACGAAUGCGAGUCGAAGAGCACGAGGCUGCUCAAUGUGCAAUAUAAUGCUGCUUUUAUUGAUUAUAUGAAAAAUGCGCCUGUUGUCGACGACUAAUAAAAACAUAUUACGCAAAAGGAUAUCUUUAAACACAGAGUUGCAAAGAAAUUAAUUGAAGUCCAACAUAUUCUUGUUUAUGUACAAUGACAUUAGUCAAGCUAACGAACAAGUGUUUUUAUAUAUUUUAUUGUCAUAAAUCAAUCAAAAGAUUAGCUGAACAUCUCAAAGAAUAAUUCCGUUAGAUUAGAACGUGUAGAAGUUAAAUACAUCCAAGUUCUUGCAUUUAUUUAACUUUUAUACCUUUUUAGUCAAACAAUCAAUCAGAUGAAUAUAAAUGCAUAGUUUACAGUUAAUUGUUGUACAUUAACAAGCAAUAUUACGCAAACAAUUUCUUCGCAAAACUAAAAAUCGUCUACCGUUAAAUCAAAUGAUAACAAUGUAUAUAGCAUGUGUCAUAAUUGAUGAAAUAAGUAGUCGUUGAUAAAAAGGUCACUUUAUAAAAGGUAAAAUUUAAAAAAAAAAGAAACAAUGAAACGAAAACGUGCAUGGCUCUCUCCUGAUCUUCGACUGCCUGUGAGCCGUUUUUUCUUUUCGUUUCUUUUUAAAUAAAAAUAAAAUCAUGUGUCGCGCCACAGAGGAAUAUUAUAAAAGAAAAAUCAUGUGUCUGUUUUAGUUACUUCACGCGUAAAAGUGCAUACCUAAUAUAAAUAGAGAUUAUAUAUAUUAUAUAUAUGAAUAAACAAGAAAGAUAUUACAAUUAUCUUAGGAUAGCGUUGCUUGGCAUAUAAUUUCUUUUCUUUUUUUUUGGAACUUCAAGUAACAAAAGAAAGAAAGAAGAAGAAAAUGAAUAUUAAUUGCAAGUGUGCGAGAGAGGGAGAGAAAGAGAGAGAGAGAAAGAAAGAAAUAGAGUUUAAAAAAAGCGUGAAAGAGAUAUGAUUUAUUAGAGCUAAUUUUAUUAUUUUUACACUUUAUCCCACUGUAUUUCUUCGAUUGUGUACAGCCUGAUGUACGAUCCGUUUUCGAUUCUUCUGUUUUGUCUCUUCUUCUCCUUCCGCUUUAGGGAGGCGCGGAACACAUGCUCGCGAGUAGCGCUUUGAGAAGUUUCAAUGUUUAAAGAAAAAGAAACAAACAAGAUGAGUGCUUCCUCGAUGUUCUCCGUAAAGUGGCUUACGGAUUUUCUGACCUUUGACUCUUCCUCAUUCUGUUCCAAAAAUAACCGACGCGCGAGCGCUUGAGUCUCGCUUUUUUUCGAAUUUCCAUAGACACGGGCCCGAGCUCGAGGCAGCACUCACUCCAACUAUUAGGGACUUAAGGUUAAAUAAGUAAGAAUCAAAUUAAAUGUAAUAAGGGUUGAGAAAGAUUUUCACGUUUGUAUCGCACGAGCAGCUACUUUGCGUUGCUCUAAAAAAAAAAGAAAGAAAGAAAAAACAAAUCCGUACACGAAAGACAAAAUAUGUAGUUUUUAAUGGAUUUCGCAUUUACAAGUGUUAUGCGACUUUCUCAAAGCGUUGCUCUUUACUUUAAAAAAAGUCUUAUCAAUAACGCAAUAGAAGAAAAUCGUGGUGCAGUUCAGCUUUCUAUUUUUUUUCUUCGUUUCGGUAAAGGUUUAGACCAAACGCGAUUAUUAUAUUACAUGUUGUAGCCUAAACACGGACAUUUUGUAAUAAAAGUAAAUAUUACGGAAUAA